CACCAUUCGCUCUCUUCUGUGUCGGGUCCUCGUCAGGACCCGUUAAGAGGGUGGCCGCCGUCUUCGUCCCCGGCGAACGGGAGGGAGGUUGCCAGCGGCGGCCGGCGGCCGGUGGGUGGAGAUGUUCCUGGUGGACUGGUUCUACGGGGUGCUGGCGUCCCUGGGGCUGUGGCAGAAGGAGGCCAAGAUCCUCUUCCUCGGCCUCGACAACGCCGGCAAGACCACGCUCCUCCACAUGCUCAAGGACGAGAGAUUGGUUCAGCAUCAGCCUACACAAUAUCCGACUUCUGAAGAGCUGAGUAUCGGGAAGAUCAAGUUCAAGGCAUUUGAUUUAGGAGGUCAUCAGAUUGCUCGCCGUGUGUGGAAGGAUUACUAUGCCAAGGUCGAUGCAGUGGUGUACCUCGUGGAUGCCUAUGACAAGGAACGGUUCGCCGAAUCAAAGAAGGAGCUUGACGCCCUCCUCUCGGAUGACUCUCUGGCCACCGUCCCGUUCCUGAUCCUGGGGAACAAGAUCGACAUCCCCUACGCCGCGUCCGAGGAGGAGCUCCGCUACCACAUGGGACUGAGCAACUUCACGACCGGCAAGGGCAAGGUGAACCUCGGCGAGUCCAAUGUCCGCCCCCUCGAGGUCUUUAUGUGCAGCAUUGUCCGCAAGAUGGGGUACGGCGACGGGUUCAAGUGGCUGUCCCAGUACAUCAAGUAGGGCUGGUGUAUGAGAGAGAGAGGUUUAAGCAGUCCUGAUGAUACCAUGAUACUCCUGUUUUUACCUUAGCUUACUAUAAGAGAGUUAGGGAGCCAGCUAGCUGGUCAUGGUUGUUCAUAGUGCCAGCACAUAUGUGAUCAUGGAAGUAAUGAAAAGUCUGGGAUGUUGUGCUACAUUUCUGUUCACUUACAAUGUGAUCUUGAAAAAGGAGCAACCCUUAAACUUGCUGGCUAGAGCUCUUCA